ACCAAGUGGACACAGAGUCUACGACCAAAGCACCAAGAAAGAAAGAAAGAAAACAAGUGCUCCUCCGCUCCCAAUGCCGCCUCUCGCCCUUCUCCUCCUCCCCCUCCUCCUCGCCGCCGGCGCCGCCCCGGCGGCGGCGGAGUUGGCUAAUCCCCCAUCCCCGCCUCCGCCUCCUCCGCCGCCGCACAAGAACGUGACCCUCGCCGAACUCCUCCCGCUCUACGGCCUGCCCCCGGGCGUCUUCCCCUCGACGGUCGCCGCCUUCUCGCUCGCCGACAACGGCAGCCUCACCGUCGACCUGCCCGGCCCCUGCUACGUCCACUUCGAGUACCUCACCUACUUCGCGCCCCGCGUCACGGGGGUCCUCCGCUACGGCUCCCUCUCUGGCCUCGAGGGCGUCCAGGUCCGCCGCUUCCUCGUCUGGUUCAACGUCAUCCGCAUCAAGGUCGACCUGCCCCCGCCCCCGCACUAUGUCUACCUCGACAUCGGAUGGAUCACACGCAAGCUCCCCGCCGCCGACUUCCAGUCCCUUCACGCCUGCGAGGAUUCCAAGAGGUGUCGCCUCUCGUCCGCGCUCGCCGUCGCCGCGAAAUGGUUCCUGGACUUCUUUGCCCAAUUUUAGGGGAUGGGGAAGGUCUAUGAUUUUACAGCAGCAUUACUUGAGCUUCCAGCCCUCCACACCCUCAAAGGACUGUUAACCGCGAACAAGCUGGUAGACUGGCAUUUGUUACGAUCUCUAGAUGCAACUAUACUGCAGCAAAUCUUGCUAUCUUCUCAUUUAUACAUUUAUCGAUGUUUGAUGGCUACGUAAUCUUGUGGAUAUGUAUCGGCUACUUUGCUCGACAUAUUGGAGCUUGCUCCACGCUUGAAAAGAAUAACAAACAAAUGCGAAAUUGUCUGUCGA